AUGCCGGUGGAGCGCGGACCCCCUCCUGGGAAUGCGGCCUGUGGAAAUGACUCAUCGCAAGCCCAGAGGCUUAUCCUGCAGCACAGAGCUUCUCAGACAACCAAACACGCCUGGAACCCACAGGAUGACAGGAUCUGCUCACCACCCUUCAUGGAGCUCACGAGCCUGGGCGGAGACGACACCAUGAGGCUCCUGGAGGAGAAUGGCCUGGCCUUCCCGUUCAUUUGCAAAACCAGAGUGGCUCAUGGCACCAGCUCUCACGAGAUGGCCAUCGUGUUCAACCAGGAGGGCCUGAGCGCCAUCCAGCCGCCCUGCGUGGUCCAGAAUUUCAUCAACCACAACGCCGUCCUGUACAAGGUGUUUGUGGUCGGCGAGUCCUAUACCGUGGUCCAGAGGCCCUCGCUGAAGAACUUCUCCGCAGGCACAUCAGACCGCGAGUCCAUCUUCUUCAACAGCCACAACGUGUCCAAGCCAGAAUCGUCGUCGGUCCUGACCGCGCUGGACAAGAUCGAGGGUGUCUUUGAACGGCCGAGUGACGAGGUCAUCCGGGAGCUGUCCCGUGCCCUGCGGCAGGCGCUGGGCGUGUCACUCUUCGGGAUCGACAUCAUCAUCAACAACCAGACGGGGCAGCACGCCGUCAUCGGGGGUGUCUGUCUGGACAAGAUCGAGGGUGUCUUUGAACGGCCGAGUGACGAGGUCAUCCGGGAGCUGUCCCGUGCCCUGCGGCAGGCGCUGGGCGUGUCACUCUUCGGGAUCGACAUCAUCAUCAACAACCAGACGGGGCAGCACGCCGUCAUCGACAUCAACGCCUUCCCAGGUUUAAAGAGCUGA